CUUGAUUCGGGUUAUUGGGGGCGGGCAUCAAAAGCUACUUCGCAGCGCCGGAGCCGCCCCAGUCGUCGCACUCCGAUAAGAAAGUCCGGAUUCCCUCAUACGGAGCGCCCGGAACAUAAUCUGACAGAGAAUGUUGUUUACCGUGUUUAUGUUGGUAGCUGCGGCCACCGUACUUCUUGUGGCGUGGUUGACAUGUGCAGACGCCGACUUCGCGCUGCUAUUCUGCGAAAAGUUCGGCCGUUCUCCAGCCUCACUUCAAGGCAAGGUGGUGUGGAUUACGGGAGCCUCCAGUGGCAUUGGAGAGUGGCUUUCUUUCAAGCUGGCUGAAGCGGGUGCCAAGCUCAUUAUUUCUGGCACAAAUCGGCAGAGGCUACAAGCUGUUCAUGGAAGAUGCUUGGAACUUGGCAAGCGCUGCGAUGUGCUGAUGCUACCAUUUGACUUGGCAGACACUUCCUGCCAUGCUGAUCAAGUCAAAAAGGUCCUGCAAUGCUACGGAGCUGUAGACGUAUUGGUGAACAACGCUGGAACGUGCACUCUCAAGGACUUUGAAGACUCCACUAUCGAUGAGGACAAGGCUAUGUUUCAGGUCAAUGUGUUUGGCCACGUCUCGCUCACACGACUCGUCCUCUGCAAUGCAAAAGAAGCAGGAAGGCAGGUGCACAUUGUGGUCACAAGCAGCAUGAGUGGAGUACAAGGAAGCCGUGUGGCUCCAGUGUAUGCUGCAACCAAGCACGCACUUCAGGGUUACUUCGAGAGCCUGAUGGUGCAGGGGCAGGUGACUGGCCUGACAGAUGUGACAAUUGUGUGCCCAGGACCUGUGCUGACACCGAUGAUGUCUAGAGCCCAACAGUCAAUAUCGGAUGAACCAAUUCAGAAGGUACCUGGUGUGAUGCUCCCAGAGCGUUGCGCUGAGCUGAUGUCUGUGGCAAUUGCAAACAAACUUCAGACUGUCUGGAUCUGUGAAAACCCUGUCCUGGUGCUUUUCUACUGGAACCAAUAUCUGCCCAGCAUCUUUCAACGAUACAUUGUUGCGAGGCUACCUUGGAACAAGGCCCCAGUUCACGAAAAAGGCACUUAAAUUGCCUUGUUGAUGUUUGGUGGAUCUCAAUGCUUUGCAUUUUUUGUAAAGUGAAUUUGUAAUUAAAAGUGUUUUUUACUUUGCA